AUGGGAUCACUUUUGAAAGUUUGUAUUCUCUCGAUUAUUAAUGGAUUUGCGUCAAUCGCAGGAACGAUGGGAAACAUCCUGGUCUGUUUCGUUCUCUACCGAAACGAGGAAUUACAAACAGGUGUGAACUAUUUCAUCCUUAACCUAAGCGUGGCGGAUUUAACAGUGUGCACCGUCGCUCAGCCGAUGUAUGUUUAUUAUUUAAACCAGGAGUGGAACACCAGGAAUUUUGCAACUUUCAAGCUUGUCUCGUACAUUGCUUUGCAUUUUUCCUUCUCAAAUCUGCUGCUACUCACGGUCAAUCGACUAUUCGCUGUCCUGUAUUCUUUCCGAUAUGGGACAGUUAUGCGUGGUAAAAAUGUAGCUGUGAUAGUGGGCAUAGCGUGGGGAUUUUCUGCUGUCUUAGCGAUCGUGCUUGCAGAAUCUCCCAUUCAAGGACUAGCACCAUACUUUCACCUGGCAAUGCUGCUCACUUUUCUUACAAUGUACUUGAAAAUUUUCUGUAUUGCUCAGAAGAAGCGCCGCCAGAUUUUCUCUCAGUUAGAGUCUGUUUCCUAUAACUACAGAGUUGCCAAGGUUGCACAAGAUUACCUGACGACGCGCACGUUGGCGAUUCUAAUUUGCGUAUCUGUGAUCCUUUUUCUACCCGAUUUAUCUCUCCAACUUGCAGGAAGCGACGACUACACAAGAUUUUACUGGUCUUUCACGACAAUGUUUUUAAGUUCUUUUCUAAAUCCUUGUGUGUAUGUUUGGAGAAGCGGAAAGUUUCGGUUGGCGCUGUUCAGGACGUUUGGUUUGUCUCGAGCGAAAAGUAGACUUGUUAGGCGUAAACAGAUUAAAAGAGUGAAAUUCACAGAUGGCGCAUUCGGCUCAUUGAAAGUUAUAGACCUAGAAGCACUGGAGUACAAUUGA